AUGGUUUUUAUGGCAUCGUUUAACAGGAUAGGAGCGAGUAAGAGCGGACAGGGUGCUACAAAGACGGUUUCUUCAAACCCAUUUUACAAUGCUUUAAAAUUUCUGGAGCCCCCUUUGCGUGUUGAGGCAUCCACAACAUCAAAUUUAAUAGAUAUAAACGAACCUUCGCAAGAGCAAUCCCUUUUUGACCCUGAAUUUCUCGAAGAAGAAAUCGUGCAACCUAAGUCAACAAAAGCCUCGACAAAGCGCCAACGACAAGAAGAUUCCGAGUAUGCAAAGGUUGUUGAGAGCGCUUUGCAAACGAUGAAUUCUGCUGCAAAAAGCGAUCCUUGGGAUGAUAUGGGCAAUUUCGUGGCAUCAAAUGACCGUGAAUUCGCAGCCGAAAACAUUCAGUUGUCAAAACGUUUUAAGAUUGCAAUUAAUGAGGUUGUACUAAACUACCAUAAGGAGUUUGCAAGCCCACAGUAAUGCGCCAAACUCGAAUUACUGGCAAUGAUCUCAAAACAACAAUAAAUAGAUUUAAGACAUUUUAGUAAAUUUUCUUCGUGUGCCAUUUUAAUUUAAUAAAUUUUUUUUAUUUUUUCCCAAGUUUUAACUUUAAGAAAUCUUGAUGAAUUUUCUUCAUGUGCCUUUUGAAUUAAAUCAAUUUCUUAUGUGUAAUUAAAAGUAAAAAUUUUUAAUUGAAUUCAUUUUCUUUUUAAACGUAUGUAUGUUAAGGAUAUUUAUG